UUGGCAAUCGAUAUUCUCGCCACACGGCGAGAAUGUGAUCUGUCAAAUGCGAGUGUUUUUUCACGCCACUUCCGACCGCCAGCGAGAUCGUACGUCGCGGAUCCCGCGGUUGCAACGAACGCGAGCAAGAGAGGACCGAGCCGAGCGUCUAAUUAAAUCGUGAUUAUACGCGCGAGAUGCGUCGGUGGCGUGCGGCACGCGCGAUCAAACGAGACUUGUUGCGACGGAAAAUAGGUUAUGAUCCGAACGUCGGCAAAUAGAGCGACGAUCUCCGCUGCGGGUCGCGCGUUACUCCCCCCGUCCGCGUUGUAGGUGUCAAUGGCUCGACCCUCCGUAUCGGCGCAAUGCGACCUGGUCGCGUCUUACAUGGACGGGGUCCACGUCAAGAUCGCGGAGGCCUACAAACCACCGAGGAAGAUUGGCCUACCCGCGGCGUACAACAACCGUUUACCGGACGUGUCGAAGCUGGUGUACGACUUCAGCUUGGAGAGAUCGGUACUCGAGAAGAUAUGCGAGUGGCGCAAGGCUAGACAGGCCUGCAGCAAAGCGCGCCAGGUUCGACUGAAGGAGAAGAGGAAGAAGGAGAGAGAGGAGACUCCUCCGUCGCCACCGCCGCUGGACUGCGCCAAGCAGCUACCCGUCAAUGCGCCGCCCGCCCCGGAAACGACAAUACUCACGCCGCAGCCGCUGUCGCCUCCGGCGAGCGACCUUCAGGAUCACGCGAAGACGAACGGGGGCCUGGACUAUGCGGACUUCGACAACGACACGAGCAGCCCGUUCGAUAAUAUGGAAUUGAAAACCAUCAACGACAUGGAGGAAUUGGCGCAGGUUUUACAACCCAGAUCGCAGUGGGUGCCUGCGGGGAAACUGGAGAAUAUUAUAACUGAACUAACGAUUGACGAUACGUCCGAGGCUUGUAAGGAGGAGGAGGCGGAUACGGAGAGCCAAGCGGACGACGAAGCCGACGCGGACGCGCCCAGCGUCGAGAAUCACCGUAGCGUUUCGGCGAUAAUGCAGGAACUCCAAAAGGAAUUGGAACGGCCUGUUAUGGAGAAUUGGAAGCCGUGGCCGGAUCUGGAGAGUCCAGACAGCGACUCGCACGCAACCGCGAGGCACGACGACCCGGCGUCGUCGAAUCACGCGCAACCGCCGGCAGAUUUGUUAUCGGGCAUGACGGAGAACGAUCUAAAAUUAGUCAAGCAACUGGGCGACAUGGGGUUUCCGAAAUGCAGGGCGGCACGUGCGGUGCUGGAGCUAGGUCGGGCGGACGAGAAGAAGAUCGUGGAGUACCUGUUGGCCGUUCAAUCCUUAGAGGAGACUGGCGUCCCGAGUGAUUAUGCCGAGACAGCGCUGACGCUCGCGCAGCACGAUCAUUCCAAGGCCAAGGUCUACUGCGAGAAUUUGUGCACGUUGAAGGACCUAGGGUUUCCCGAAGACGAGGCUUUCGCGGCGUUAGUAAAGUGUAAUUUCGAUCGCGACAAAGCGUUAGAUCUUCUGAUCGCUUGAGUGGACGAUUGAGUCACCAUCUACGAAGUGAGAGGCCGCUGAAUAUUUUCCUUUGUGACUCAAUUUCAAUGUGAACAUUGCAUAAUAGAGAAUUGAAAUUUUUAUAUGCGCGGAAGGUAGGUACCUCGAGUCACGAUUACAAACGUAUAUUUUAAUAAAAAUGAAAGAUAAUGUUAUUAGUGAGACUAGUCUUGAAUAAUGACACCUCAAGGAAGCUACAGCGAGUAUGGUAUUGUUAACAAUUUAACUCGAUAAUCCGUCAUUGUGUCGUGGAAUUUGUUCAUUGAACUUCUACUGGGCAUUAUUGAACAGUCGCUAUUGGUAGCCGCGACGCUACGAAAUAAAUUGCAAUUAUAACAA